AUGUCAUCCAACACCUUCUCACUAGCCAGCAAGGUCAAGCUGCCAAACGGCAAGCUGAUGCCCCAGCUACAGCUAGGCCUCUACAUGAUGAGCGGCCGCGAAGCCACACAAUCCGUGCGCUGGGCCCUCAGCGCCGGGUACCGCGGCUUUGACAGCGCGCAGAUGUACCACAACGAGCGGGAAGCCGGCAUUGCGAUCCGCGACUACCUCGCAGAUAACACCGAGGGCCUGAGCCGGGAGGACGUGUUCUACACGUCCAAGCUGGCGAGCAGCAGCUCCAACUACCAGGCCGUGCGCAAGUCCAUCAGGCAGUCGGUCGACGCGUGCGGGCUGGGGUACAUCGACCUGUUUCUCCUGCAUAGCCCUUAUGGCGGGCGCGAGGCGCGGUUGACGAGCUGGCGCGCGGUCGAAGAUGCGAUUACGGAUGGGGAGGUCGUGUCGGGCGGUGUCAGCAACUAUGGCGUCGGACAUAUCGAGGAAUUGAUGAGCUCCCAACCGCGGAUCCCUCCGGCUGUCAACCAGAUCGAGGUUCACCCCUUUAACACCAGAGAAGACAUUAGGGCCGCCUGUGCCAAGCACGGGAUUGUAGUCGAGGCGUAUGCACCCCUGGCGCGGGCGAUGCGGAUGAGACACCCCGUGAUCGUAGAGCUGGCCAAGAAGUACUCUUGCUCGCCAGCGCAGCUUCUAGUCCGAUGGUCUCUGCAACAUGGUCUUGUCCCGCUACCGAAGAGCGUCAAGCGCGAACGCCUCUUGGAAAAUGUCAACGUCGGCUUUAUCGAGAUCUCCGACGCUGAUAUGCAGCGGAUGGACCAGCUUGACGAGGUGUUGGUUACGGAUUGGGACCCAACUGAUGCGCCAUGA